GCCAACAGAGGGCAGGCAGCCUCCACACUUUACUACAACUAAAGUCCAAUGUUUUUGUUUGGGCCGAACACAGAGCAGCCUCAGCACAACGUGUAGCUUUGGCUUCACUCAGAAGAUUCAAACUACACAUUAAAUGCCGAGAAGAAACAGCUUCUCAUCUUAAGACCGAGCCAUGUCUUACACCGUGGAGUCGGGGAAUGAGGAGGAGAGAAAGGAGCCAAUCAACAUGAAGAGCGAGAAGGAAGAGGAGGACUCUGAAACCCGAUGGGGUGAGGAACUCAGGCUGGUCCUCAUCGGAAAGACCGGAUCUGGUAAAAGUGCAUCUGGAAACACCAUCCUGGGCAGAAAGCACUUCCUGUCGAAGAUCAGUGCCAGCUCUGUCACCCAGAUCUGCCAGCUUGGGAGCACAGACCUUACUGACGAAGAGGACAUGCAGCAGGACGGUCAAACUGUCACUUGGAGGAGGAUGAGGAGAGUCACGGUGGUUGACAUGCCAGGCUUUGGGGACACCCACCUCAGUGUGGAGCAGAUCCAUGCAGAGGUAGCCAAGUGUGUGUCUCUCUCUGCCCCGGGGCCACAUGCCUUUCUCCUGGUGGUGCCAAUAGGACGAUAUACAGACAAUGAAAACAAGGCUGCCUGCGAGCUGACCAAGAUAUUUGGGGAGGAAGCAGUCUGUCACCACACAGUGGUUCUUUUUACCAGGGGGGAUGACUUGGAGGGCAUAGAGAUUGAAAAGUACCUGAGGGAGACUGCACCUCCGGGGCUGAUGGCUCUGAUUGACAGGUGUGGGGGCAGGUACCAUGUGCUCAACAACAAAGACCCCAGUAACUUGGCGCAGGUUGAAGAACUCUUAAUGAAGGUGGACAAGAUGGUGAAGCAGACGAACAAAGGGUUUUAUACCAAUGCAGUGUUUUUAGAAGCAGAGGCUGCCAUCAAGGAGGAGCAGAAAAGGAUGUUUAGGGAGCGAGGGCAAGCAGAGGGAGAGGAACAAGAGGCAAACAACAUGGGAGAGAAGGCUCAGCUGGCAAAACGAAGGAAGUGUGACUUGGAGUCUGAUAGAGCAGAGGGCACUGAUAGAGUAUCACAAGGACCAAGGAGGAGGGAGUUGGAGAGCAGAGGUGAAGAUGAUUUUAGAGUGGAGAGAUGGACAGAGGAGAGUGUUGUCAGCCCCUUCGGCCUCCUGAGAGACAGAGUUGAACGAUGUAGGGACCGGUUCAGAGGAAGGCGCCGAGGCAGCAGCAGGGCUACGAACAGACGACAGUCUCACAGUUUGUCCUUGAUGAGCAUGAGGAGGGAGGCUGCGCUCUCUGCUAAGGUGCUUGACAGAGUUAAGAUCCUUGUGGCUGCUGGAGCCACGGGCAUGGCCGUGGGAGCAGUGUUUGGGGCAGUGGCCCCUUUAGCAGCUGCAGCCGGGGCAUCUCUCAUGGGGAACUCGGUUGGUUUUGCUGCAGGUCAGUUUGCUGGGAUGUCUGUAGCAGGAAGCACAGGUGUAGGGAAAGCUGUGGGAGCCAUAGUAGCUGCAGCCUCGGGUAAAACUGCGGUGGCUCUGGGGGCAGCCACAGGGGGAGUUCUGGGUGGUUCUGUUGGAGCUGUUGCUGGUGCUGAGGCUGACAGUCUUGGGGAAGGCGCUCUAGAUGCCCUAGUGCAGGUUGGUACCAUAGGUGCCUCUGCUGUGGGUGUGGCAGCAGGUGUAGGAGGCACCAUGGGAGCUGGGGCUGCUCUUGGUGCAGCUCUGGAGGGAGCAGCACUCAGUACAGUGGCCCUCGGUGGAGCUGAGACUACAUCAGUGGGUGUAGCCAAUGCUUCUGUAGCUCAGAGUGCAUUAGCUUCAGCAGCAGGACAGCAUGCAUUGGCCUCUGUAGGAAGUGUAGCUACGGGUACUGGGACUUCUCAGCUUGCUGCAACAGGAGCAGCCUUAGCUCAAGAGAUGGCGGCAAAUAUCCCAGUGGCUCCUGGUGUUGUAUGUGGGCUAACAGGGCCCAGUGUUGCAUCUGUGGCCAGUAGGGUGUCAGACCCCUGGCUGGCAACGUCACGGGUCCUGUCCGCAGUGGCUGAGAUAGGCAAGGCUGCAGCAGGCAUCGCCCUGGCUGGCGGUCUGGUAGUGAAGGUGGUGAAGGAGAAAGUCAGAUGUGGCACAGGAACGGCAGAAGCCAAUUACUCAGAGAAGUCAUCUUAUGAGGUCCACUGGAACAAAUAAAUACAAGCUAAGACCAAUGAGAUCCUGUUCAUAUUUCUGUAGCCUCCUGAUGAAGUGAUAAACUCUACAGUAGCUACCCUCAGUGAGAGAUAUUGCUGUGAAAAUGCAAACGACCUCUAUUAUGCUGACACCAGUCAGAGCAGUGUAAUAUAAAACAAUUUCAUAUGAACAAGUAAGAAUGCAGAAAUUGAGAUUGCAAAUGGUGGUUAGAACUGAGUCUGGUGAAUGAGCUCAGUGACAUUUAUGAUGCUGUGUGGGGUGAAUAAUAAAGACUGACACAGUCCUGUGAUACAUGCUUUAUACCCCUUUUUAUCAAACAGUUUGUUAUCAAUUUUCAUAAGGUUGUGAUUUUAUAAAAAAAUAAAUAAAAAAAUAAAAACAAAGAGAAGGAAAAUUGGCUGCUGAAAGUGUUGGUCAUCACAGUUCAGUUGAAUGAAUUUCAGGAGUAUUCAAUUAAACUUUUUUUCUUUUGCCCUUUCUAAAGAAGAAUUACCCAACUACAGAAGAGACAACAAGAAAUGCUCUUAAGCACUGUAUAGCAUCUGCAGGGUGGGGUUAAUGUGUUAAUGUAAUUGAUUACAGGCAUGAGGUUUAGAAAGGAACAAAUGUAGGCUACUGCACUUAAAAUCCCCAAGUAUUUUUACUCACAAAUGGCACUCAGUGGUUGCAUUGCAGUAUUUAAUGUUUCCCACUCUGUAUCGUGUAAACUAGACAAAGGUUUUUCAGUUAUGCACUGUAUUAACACUGGUUCUGACUAACCAGUACCACCUGCUUUUAACUGCAGUGAAUGUGUCAUAGUUACACUGAUGUGUUCUUUACUUUGUUGCUGUGAAAUAAACAGUACUCCUUCAUGAA